CUGACUUUACUGAUAAUAUCGUUAGCUUGAUAAAAAGUAAACAAGUGCAAAGUUUCUACAAAACAAAAGUGGAAAUUGCAAUCAUUCGGCUGUGUCAGCAUAUAAUUUCAAAAUGAAACGUUUCGUUGUCGCAUUACCUAGUGUACUGGGUAGAAAUGCAUCAAAAUCAAAGUUGCUAAAGAAUGAAAAAUGUGUUAGAACAUUGCAAGUGGGGAGAACGUUAUCUGACAGUUUUACUGACCAUUCAACCACACCUUUUCCAGAGUUUGACACGUUUGCCACUCACGAUGAGCUAUACCAGUUUAGUCUGAACUCGCCAGACUUUUUCUGGGGCACACUGGCACGAUCUCGUAUUAAUUGGUAUAGGGAUUUUGGAAGGGUUAAAGACUGUGAUCUUACAAGAGGUCAUAUCAGGUGGUUCCUUGAUGGAGAGUUAAAUGUGUCAGUGAAUUGUGUUGACAGACAUGCCGAGAAGAAUCCUGAUAGUAUUGCUCUGAUAUGGGAGAAAGAUGAGCCUGGCACACAAGAAUAUGUCACCUAUAGGGAGUUGCUUCAGCUAGUAUGUAGAAUGUCAAAUGUUCUGGAGAGCCAUGGUGUGAAAAGAGGUGACAGGGUAGCCAUCUAUCUCCCCCAGUCCCCUGUGGCUGUGGCGGCCAUGUUGGCAUGUGCUCGUAUAGGGGCAAUACAUAAUGUUGUGUUUGCUGGGUUUAGUUCAGAAGCUCUUGCUGGCCGUAUUGUUGAUGCUCAAGCCGAGACUGUGAUAACAGCAGACCAAGGUGUGAGAGGAGGUAAAAUAAUCGAGCUGAAGCAGGUGGUCGAUGAUGCUCUGAAGUCAUGUACAUGUGUUAAACGUGUAUUUGUGUACCAACGUACUGGCAAUGAUGUACCAAUGGGAAAAUUAGAUAUUAACCUUGACAAGGAACUAGCCAGUCAGCCAGAUACCCACACACCAGCUGUCAUGGACAGUGAGGACUAUCUGUUUAUGUUGUAUACUUCCGGUUCAACCGGUAAACCCAAGGGUAUUGCUCAUACACAAGCAGGCUAUCUUCUGUAUGCAGGACUCACCAUGAAGCAUGUGUUUGAUUAUAAGCCUAAUGAGUUAUUUGGCUGUGUAGCAGAUAUUGGGUGGAUCACCGGACACACGUAUGUUGUUUACGGCCCUCUAUUUAACGGUGCUGCCACUUUACUAUUUGAAAGCACCCCAGUCUACCCGAACCCUGGUCGGUACUGGGAGACCAUUGAACGCCUGAAACUUAACCACUUGUACCUGGCACCAACAGCUCUACGUAUGUUAUUGAAGUCUGGCGACUCAUGGGUUACCAAAUAUGAUAGGUCGUCACUAAGGAAACUUGGUUGUGUUGGAGAGCCUCUGAACAGAGAGGCAUGGGAGUGGUUUUAUGAAGUGAUAGGUGAAGAAAGAUGUGACAUCUGUGACACAUGGUGGCAGACUGAAACUGGUGGUAUUGCAAUUACCCCACGACCUUCGGCACCAGGGGCGGAAAUAAGGCCGGCCAUGCCUAUGAGACCAUUCUUUGGUAUAGAUCCAGUUCUGAUGGACCCACAAAUGGGAACAGAAUUGACUGGUGGAGAUGUGAAAGGUGCCUUGUGCAUUAAACGACCUUGGCCAGGAAUGGCAAGAUCAAUAUAUGGAGAUCAUCAAAGAUUUAUAGAUACAUACUAUAAAACCUACCAUGGUGUAUAUUUUACUGGUGAUGGAGCAUAUAGGACCAAGGACGGCUAUUAUCAAAUCACGGGUAGAAUGGAUGAUGUUCUCAAUGUCAGUGGACACAGACUUGGUACGGCAGAAAUAGAAGAUGUUAUAGAUGAUCUUGAAGAAACUGCAGAAUCAGCUGUAGUUGGUUUCCCUCAUGACAUUAAAGGAUGGGGUAUCUAUGCAUUUGUGGUGUUAAAGGACGACGUAAAAACAUCUGAAGAGGAGAUGAAAACUCAGUUGAAAGCUAUGGUGAAAAAACGAAUUUCUGCAUUUGCUCAGCCAGACAUUAUUAUGUUCACGCCAGGGUUGCCAAAAACACGCUCAGGAAAGAUCAUGCGUAGAAUAUUGCGUAAGAUAGCUGCCAACCAGCCUGAUGAACUAGGAGAUGUUUCGACACUCUUUGAUCCAUCAAUCGUUGAUGCUCUAGUAGAAAAACACAAACAGAUCACUGGAAAGUCCUAGUGUGAAACUUGUACAUCAUUAGUUUUUAGCAAAAUGCAUAUUUAUAGGAUAUUCAAAAGCAAUUGUUUUCAUACUUGAAUCAAAAUGCAAUUUCCUGAAGACACUUAAAUACAUUUCACUGGUUUAAAAACAAAACAAAAAUCAAAGCAUACCAAGAACGUGUCCGAAUUUCAUAACAUUUGGGUAAUAGUGUUAACUAGCAACAUGCUUGUUUGAAUUUAGGUUUGUGUGACUUUAACCUGUUUUGGUAAAAAAUUGUAUGAUUUAGAAGCUACAUAUUAUAAAAUUCAUAAAUCCACGUUCCCCACCCUGUCUUUAUUACAUUGUGAUAAAAUAAGCCUAAAAAUUAAAAAAAAAAAAAAAAAUUAAAAGAAGUUUAGAUGAUUUAUUUUGAAGUCCGUUAGAUAAGUCUUGACAUCUCAGGUAUGUUGUGUACAAGGAACAAAACAUAAAUAUCAGGUAAUUUUGUAUAAUAAUUCUAUGACUGAGUGUAAAAGUUGUAGUUUGAUAAAAAAAAAUUAAAAAUUCAGAAAACCAUUUAUGCCAAAAUCUGAUUUUUAUUUUAUGAUCGGUAGGUAGGUCAAUACAAAUGCUGUCAUGCUCUUAGAGGUUGAUUGAAAAAAAAAAUACAUUUUUGUGUAUAAAUUUGGAAAGGCUUUUUUCUUGAAAUAUUUUGACUAAUUUGGAGGCAUGCAGCUUUCAAUAAUCUCCAGUUAAUCUACCAAACUAAUUCUAAGGCACCUUUACGUUAAAAUGAUUCUUUUUUUUCAUUUCUUUUUAAAAAUAAAACUGUGAUAAAUUCUAUGCAAAAGAAUCAUUAUUACCCUUCUUUCCAAACAACUUAUAAAAUUGUUUAAAAUGUUUGAGAAUUAACAGAAAACUACAUUAAUAUGAGGAGAAGAAAAACAUUAUGCAUAGAAAAGUAAAGUGCCUUACAAUAGUGGCAAGCUUAGACAUAGUUAUAUAAUGAAUAUUUAAUCAGAUGUAUGGAAUCAUGCUUUCCUAAGGUAGUAUUAACCUUGCUAAGAUUAUGUCAAAAAUUUGUCCUGCUUGAAUUUAGAACUUUAUUGUAAGUUUUAGUGAAUUUUGUCAUCAUAAAAUUGAGCAAACAGAAGUAAAGAGCCUGAUCAGACUGUACAGAAGUGCAGGAUGACCUGGCAUUAUACUUUUUUAGCUCGACUAUUCGAUAAGAAUAAGUAGAGCUAUUGCAGUCACACGAGCGUCGGCGUCAGCGUCGGCGUAACCAAUUAUGUUAAAGUUUUUGUAAUAGUUCAAAUAUUUUCAAAGUCCAUUGACAUAUGGCUUUGAAACUUUGCACACUUGUUCACCAUCAUGACCCCAACCUGUAGACAGAAGGAGGUAACUCUAUCAAGCAUUUUGACAGAAUUAUGCCCCUUUUUCAACUUAGAAUUUACAUUAAAGUUUUUGUAAUAGUUCAAAUAUUUUCAAAGUCCAUUGACAUAUGGCUUUGAAACUUUGCACACUUGUUCAACAUCAUGACCCCAACCUGUAAACAGGAGGAGGUAACUGUAUCAAGCAUUUUGACAGAAUUAUGCCCCUUUUUCGACUUAGAAUUUACGUUAAAGUUUUUGUAAUAGUUCAAAUAUUUUCAAAGUCCAUUGACAUAUGGCUUUGAAACUUUGCACACUUGUUCAACAUCAUGACCCCAACCUGUAAACAGGAGGAGGUAACUGUAUCAAGCAUUUUGACAGAAUUAUGUCCCUUUUUCGACUUAGAAUUUACGUUAAAGUUUUUGUAAUAGUUCAAAUAUUUUCAAAGUCCAUUGACAUAUGGCUUUGAAACUUUGCACACUUGUUCACCAUCAUGACCCCAACCUGUAGACAGGAGGAGGUAACUCUAUCAAGCAUUUUGACAGAAUUAUAACCCUUUUUCGACUUAGAAUUUACGUUAAAGUUUUUGUAAUAGUUCAAAUAUUUUCAAAGUCCAUUGACAUAUGGCUUUGAAACUUUGCACACUUGUUCACCAUCAUGACCCCAACCUGUAAACAGGAGGAGGUAACUGUAACAAGCAUUUUUUUUACUGUCAAGCACUAAGAAUAGUCGAGCGUUGCUGUCCUACCGACAGCUCUUGUUUGAUUGAUGGAAUAGACAAGCCUUCAUGACUAGGUUUUUUUAAAAAAAGAAAUAUUUUAAAUUUUGUUUCAUCAAAUGUACAUGUAUAUAUGACAAUGUUUAUGACGUUAAGUACAUGUACUGAUGAAAAAAAGAAGUUGCAUCUUGAUAUGUUUUACAUAGUUUAAUUGAGAAUUUAUUCAAAUUGAUAAUUGUUAAUUUUUACAUGUAUUGUUAACUCUCAUGAUACACUUUGUUACAGUUACUUAAUUUAGUAUUCAUGAACACAUCCUUUAUUUGUUAUUGUUGAUUUUUUACCCUUUUGUUAAAUGUAUAUUGUAUUCAAGAGCUUUACAUAAUUUGUAUCUUCAUUUAAUUAUUAUAUUUUACUUACUGGGAAUACAAAAUGAAAUGUUUAAGAUAAAGAAAUUGUGAUUGUUCUCGAUAGAAUACAAAUGGUUUUGAAUUGAGAAGGUGUGAUCAUUUUUUUGUCUCAAAUAUCAUCUAUGUAACGUUUAUUUAGAAAGUCACACUGUGACAGACUUACCUGAAGGUGGGGCAUCCAUGACCAAGUGGUUACAGUUGUUGACUUCAAACCACUUGUCUUUCACCACUGUAGGUUUGAUCCACGCCAGCAUCUUUGAAUAAUUUCAUGCAAGAAAGCUAGUCCAGCUAGCUUACAAAACAAUGGUGGUUUUAGUCAGGUGCCCAUUUGUGCCUGAAAUAAUGCACAAAGGGGCACCUGAGGUCUUCCUCCACCAGUAAAGCUAGAAAGAAGCCCUAUAACCUAUACUGUGUUGGUGGUAAGUUAAACCCAACAAAAAGAAUUUCUGCAAUGUCCAAGAGGUGGCUCAUGAUUCUCUGUUACUAUUGACAACUAAGGCUGUUUUACCUCUAUUAUGAGCUUUGUCUCAUAACUAAGAUGGUGAAGUUGAUUCACCCUUGCAGUAAAAUCAGGUGGAACAAUCAUUCAGUAAAUUGAUCACUCUGAUAUGACUGAUAUUGUUUUAAAACUGAUAUGAAACCCAGUAAGCAAAACAAAAUUUCAGCAUGGUAAGAAAGAUGUUCAUUAGCUCCUUCUAAAAAUUAGUUUCCAAAUUUACAACAUGGCAAGAAAGUUGUUCACUCUUUCUAAUAUAGCUGUCAAAGUCACAUGAAGUAAAAUCUUAUCACAAGCAUGCUGUUAUUUUACUAUGUCAUUUUUGACUCUUGAAUACUAAUGAGGUGGCUGCAGAAGGUUGGUGGAUCUUGUGGUGUUAUUUGCUUUAAAUCUGUAACCCUGAAAAAUUUAGUAUUGUUUACUUACUGGUUUGGGAGAUAAACUCGGCCAAAAAUCGGUGUUUUUGGGGCAAAUUUCAUUUAUUUGUUUACGUAUUCUGAUGAAUCUUGCACCAUAAUAAACUUCAGCUCUUCGAUAUUCCGGUAUCACCAUAAAAGUUAUAUUUAGAAACAAGACGGGUAAUUUGGAGAGGCCCUGGAAGAGGUAAUACUAUGUAAAAAGCACAUUUUUAACACGCGCCAGUAGAUAAUUUCGGCUCUUUGUUUUUCUUCUUAAAUCAUUUUUAAUGAGUAAAUUAAAAUGUAGAAUAACAUGUUUAGACAUUUUAUUAUUCCUUUGCUAUUCAUAUAUGUCAAAUGAAAAAAUAUGUUUUAUCAGAAAAAUAAGGACUGUUACUUUUAUACAAUGUUAUGUAAAAAAAAACCCAAAAAACUUGGAUACUUUUUUUUCGUAAAAAGACAUGCAUUUUAAUUUAUUAAAAUACGAAAUAUGCAGUUUAAGAAUUAGUGAUUCAAAUGUAUUUUGGCUUGGGUAACUUCGUAAUUUAACAGAGUGAAGAAGAAAUUAAUUUAGUGGUAUUCAACCUACACAAUAACAUAAUAAAGGAGCACUUAACAUCAGUUUUUCAAUCCAUUGCACUAAAAUAUAACAUUUGUGAUUAUUUGUGCAAUCGGACUUUUUCUGAGUUUGCAAGACAAAAUUGAGUCUAAAUUCAUCUACAAAAUGUAUCCGUGAAUAUCGUCUGCUUUACCGGUAGUCGGUCAAUGUAUAAAAGUAACCCUGUACGAGCCUCAAAAUGAGCAUCUUCUGCGCAUGCGUACAACAAUUGGAUUUCCCGUACUAUUUAUAGGCAUGUUUUUUUAACAAACGGGUAAAUGUCUGUGCUAUUUUUAGCUCGACUAUACGAAGUAUAUGGAGAGCUGUCCUACCGGCGUCCGCGUCCAGAUUUCAGAUUAAAGUUUUGGUGCAGUAAAAUAUUUUUCACUAUAACUUUGUCAUUUCUUAAGGUAUCAACUUCAAACUUCAAAUAUAUGUUCCUUAUCAUCAACCACAUCUUAUGUGACAAGGUUCAUAACUGUAGCACCAAUAUUUUCAGAUUUAUCUCCCCUUGAACUUAGAAUUUUCCUUAAAAAAUACUAUUUUUUACUGUUACUUCUUUAUUUCUUAAGGGAUCAACCUCAUACUUCAAAUAUAUGUACCUUAUCAUCAUCCCCAUCUUAUGUGACAAGGUUCAUAACUCUAGCAACAAUAUUUUCAGAUUUAUCUCCCCUUGAACUUAGAAUUUUCCUUAAAAAAUACUAUUUUUUACUGUUACUUCUUUAUUUCUUAAGGGAUCAACCUCAUACUUCAAAUAUAUGUACCUUAUCAUCAUCCCCAUCUUAUGUGACAAGGUUCAUAACUUUAGCACCAAUAUUUUCAGAUUUAUCUCCCCUUGAACUUAGAAUUUUCUUAAAAAAUAUUAUUUUUUACUGUAACUUAUUUAUUUCUAAAGGGAUCAACUUCAUACUUAUGUACCUUAUCAUCAUCCACAUCUUAUGUGACAAGGUUCAUAACUCUAGCACCAAUAUUGCAAGAAUUAUCUCCCCAUCAACUUAGAUUUUAAUACUAGAAAAAUGUUAUUUUUUACUAUAACUUUUUUAGUUUUAAAGGUAUCUACCUCAAACUUCAAAUACUUAUUCCUUAUAAUUAAUUAUAUUUUAUAUGACAAUGUUCAUAACUCUUGAAGUAAUUUUUACAGAUUUAUUUCUAUUUGAACUUAGGAUUUUCUUUAAGAAAUAUUAUAACUUUGUUACUUUUUAAGGUAUCUACUUCAAACUUCAAAUAUAUACUUCUUAUCAUUACAUCCAUGUUGUGUGACAAGGUUCAUAACUCUAGCGUGACUAUUUCUAGAGUUAUUUUCCUUGAUCUUGGAAUUUAUUUUAACAAAUGUUAUUUUUUUACUAUAACUUAAUGCAUAAUUAUACAUAAUUGAUUUUUCUUUCAUAGUUUUGUCCUCCUUACUGCAUCCAGAAUUUUAUUAGUCGAGCUUGGCUGUCUCCUGUGACAGCUCUUGUUUAAAUAUCUUACCAAACUUGACCAAAUUUCCAGAUAUUGUCGAAUUCCAGCGUUCGUACGAGAUGGUGAGCUUGAUUACAUUAAAAAAAGCCGAUAAGUCGAUUACAUUAUAAAAAGCCGAGUUUAUUAACUCCCCAACCAGUAUAGCUUUUUUUUCUAUUAUUUUUUAUUUGUUAGAUGAUAUUGUUAUUAUAUUAGUAAUGUUAGCGCAAAGUUUUGUAGAUUAGUUCAACAAUGAUUGGAAGUCAUUUAUAUGGAGUAGUUUCAUAGGUACAGUUGUUUUAAUAUUUUCUCUACAAUUGUUUAUUAUUGUCAAUUUUGAUAAAUCAUUUUGAAUCUGUUUGAUUGUAAUUAUGGAUACAGUAUGUCAGUAACUAUGCAAAUACUUUUAUACAUUUACUUGUUAAUGAAUUGCUAUUUUCUAGUCAAAAAUAUAAUUCAUUGUUAUGCAAAAUAUGUCCACACUCCCCCUGCAUUAAUCAGACCAAAGUUUAUAUUUUGUCAUGUAUUUUAUAUAUGGAAUAUUUUUACUAUGACUAAAGAAACCUUUUUUACCAGGUUUUCAGCGUCUUCAUUGAAAACCUGGUUUCAUUGCAAUUAGGUACUUCUUAGUUUUUUAAUUGAAAGGUAGUAAAUAAGAUUAAAUAGUGGAUCUUUUCCUGAUUAUUACCCCCACAAAUUGUUUUGAAAUGUUCUAAAGACACAGGUAGUUUUUUACACAAGUGUUUCAGUUCAUGCUUUUUUUACAUGAAUAAUAGUUUGUCUAUAUUAACAUUGAAUUGAUAUAUUGUUAUUAACAUUGAAUUGAUAUGUUGUUAUAUUGUUUUUUGGCCAUUUUAUAUAUGGUAAAUCCUGUUGACCAGUAUUUUUACAUGUAUUCAGGCUUAUAUGUUACAUUAACUUAUCAAUAUAAACCAGUCUAAAAACAGCAGCAUCUGAUUGGCUGAUAUUGCAAAUAAAUUUGAAAUUGACCUGAAUCGAAAGACUGGUUUAAUGCUAAACUGAAUCUUAUUUUAAGAUAAUGAGAAGGCAACCUUCAGUUAAGACAAAUAUACAUUUGUAUAAUUAUGUUUUUUAAUAUUUAUAUAAGAAAAUAUACAUCUGCAUCAUAUGAUCAAUUGCAUAUAAGAUUUACAGUGAAACCUCUGAAGAGCUACCUCCUGUAGAGCAAUAACAACUUUAUAACAACCUUAACAUUAACUCCCAAAGUAUUUCAUUUAUUUAUUUAAAUGCCAUCUGUGCACAAUUACAUCCAUUUAAGCAUAAAAGAUAAACAAUAUUACAUCCUACAUAGCCAUUCUUCGAGUAGAGGCUUUAGAUGUCUUACAUAUUUUACAAUUAAAACUAAAGUCUGUUAUACUAUAGGCAUAUUAUAUGAGCAUAUAUACCAAAACAUACACAUAUAUUAUGCAAAUACAUUUCACAUUAAAAUGUAAUAUUAAAACAUCACAUGAUGUCAAGUGUAAAAUUUGCCAAGGGAAAUACCCAUUUUAAAAGAGCACUAUUAAAGGGUAAACAUAUAGAUGCUCAGAAAGUGUGCAUCUUCAAUGUAAUAUUUGUCAAAAGGCGUAGGUUAUAUACCCAAAGUAUGACAUCAUAGUAGAUUUACCAUACUAGAGGAACACCUCCCAAUAACAGUCAAAGUAGAGGUAGUACUGUAUAAUCUAUUUUUGCUCCUGUUUGACAUAUUGUUACCAUUUAUUUUUAAAUGUUUUUGAAUUUGCAAUUAUAAUAAAAUUAAUCAAUUCAUAUGCAAAAUUUGAAUUAUAUUAUAUGAUUUUAGCUUCAAAAGCAAUAUAUUUCCAACAAAAAAAUAAGAAAAAGAUCUGUGUGUAGUACUAUUUGAUAUGCAGCUGUAUUUAAAGUAUAGUAAAUGUUGUACAUUGGAUUUUGAUUUGAUUUAGAAAUGAUGGAAAUUUUUACUUAAAUUCUGUACAUAAAAUGCAUUUUGUAUUUUAAAUCAGGGGUUCACUUAAUUGUCAUGAUAAUCUGUACUUUUGUACUGUGGAAAUUCAUAGAAUAAUUGAUUAAUUUUUUCUAGAAAUUAUGUUGUGCGUAAUUUUUAUCACAUGAUGUAUGUUGGUUCAUUAUUAUCGAAGCUUAUUUCAAAAUUUCAAAUUUCUUCACAUUUUAUUCGUAUUCAGGUUAAGUGUGUAAUACUGAAAUGUGGACUUUAAAUAUCAUUAGAUAAUGAAAUUUUGGGAAAGUUUCUUUUCAAAACGUGUGGUUUUAGAUAAUGAUCUAAAAAAGAUCUUUCAAUCUUAAAAUUAUCUAUAUAAAACGGUUCUAUAUUUUAUUAAAACAGAAAAAAUGCCUUACAAACUUCUGCACUACAAAGGACCAUUUUAAUCAUUCAGGUUUAUGACGCUAGAUAUACACAUGUAUCAUGUUUGUAAUUAAAAUGUCAUUUCAUAAUUGAAGAAAAGUAAUUACCAUUGUAAAAUAAAUAAAUAUUAUAAAAAAAGACUUAAGUUCUACAAAAAUCAUUUUUCAUUGGAUCAAAGUUGAUGUGGACCAAUUGUCUAUUAAAAGCCAGUUCUGCAUUUCAUAGAAAGUCUUUAAUGUAUAUUAUGUCCUAGGGUUAAAACCAACUUUAGGACCAACUUAAGACCGUUUCAAUAAAUGUUUUUACCUUCAGUCAGAGACUGUAGACUAAUUAAAUUCAUUUUCCUGAGAAAAAUUCAGAAAUACAAUGACAGACCCUUUUAUUCACAAUGUGUUACUGGUCAUUUGUAUUGCUAUUCAGAAAUUUAAAAAAGUCAUGAAAUAGGAGUCAUAAGUUAAGACGUUUACUUUGAAAUGCAAAAUUUUUUGUCUUAAGGCUGAUUUCAGAAAAAAAAACUUUCUAUGAAAUGCAGCCCAGAUGUGUAAUCUUAACCAACAGCAUUGGAUUGUAAAUAUAUCUGCAUGUUCUGUAAUGCAUGUUCAUUUAUUACAAAUAUUUCUGCAUAUUUUUGUAUGUAUAUGUCCUAUACAUGUUUUGUGUGGUUUUUAAAAGAUUUUUUAUGCUACAAAUUUAAAAUGCCUGUUUUGCCCCCUAAUUUUAAAAAGUGUAUCAAUACAUAUAGAAAAAAUGUCAUGCAUUGUAAAAACCACCUUACAAACUGCAUGAUCUAUUACUAGAUCAUUGAAUCUAUAUAUAUAUAUACAGAACGACCCUCUGUAGAUUCAGCAAUUAUCUCUUUCAUUUUAUUCUCAAAGUAAGACAUCAGAAUAAAUUUAACCUUUGUAGAGCAACACCUCAUAGCAGUAACCAAAAUCAUUGUCUUCCAAAGGGUGUUGCUCUACAAAGGUUUUAUUGUAUAAUAUGUCUAAUUUGACUUAAGGUGAGAAUUUUCAACUGAAACAUUGUAUGGGCAGAAUCCAUUAUUAAAAUUUCAGUCAACCAAUGUCAGAUUAGUGUGGAAGAUGAGGUUAAUUAAAAUAGGUGUAUAUUUAUUUUCAUGCUGUGUAAAAGAUUAUUUGUAUGGUAUUUUACAUGAUUUUUUUAUAACCAUAUAUACAAUACAGGUGAGGUAAAGUUUGUUGGUAUACAGUAUGUUUUCAGUUUGAUUUUAUGCGUUGAGUACAUGUAUAAUAAUGAUUUGAGGUGUUGAAUAUAAUUAUAAUUUUGGCCAGAAAAGUAGACCAUGAAGAUGUAUAUAUUAUUAUAUCAAUAAAGAAAAGCACUGAA